CGAUCCUGUGCUGAUUUAUUGUAGGAUAUAAUAAAUCAAAGGGGUCCGUUUGCGGCAUGUCAUGAAUAUAAAUAUGACACUGCUGAUGAUAGAUCUCUCGUCUGCACCAGGAGUCAAUGUUGCACUGGGAAAGACAGCGUUCCAAACAAGCGAGUACAGACCUACCGAUCCCGCCGAUGGGGCUGCCAGUCGUGCCGUAGACGGGAACACCGAUGGCAUGUACCAUCAUGGUUCCUGUACACACACUAUAGAUAUCCCGGGGGAGACUAACCCGAGCUGGUGGGUGGAUCUUGGGCAAUCGUAUGUGAUUGACAGGGUACUCAUCUUCAACCGCCAAGACGUUUGUCCGGAAAGAAUCAACCCCUUCAACAUCCACAUCGGCGAUUCCGACCAGGUCAGCACGAACCCCAGGUGUGGAGGUAAUCAUCAAAUGAACCUGAACCAGCCGUCCAUUUCCGUCUCCUGUCAGGGGAUGAAGGGUCGCUAUGUGGGCGUCCGUCUUCCUGGAUCCUACCGAAUACUGAACCUGUGCGAAGUCCAAGUAUUUUUGGGUCGUUGUGCCCCAACGAUACUCGGCAAUUCUGCACCGAACCUCUACAAAAUCUCGUCAGAACUGGUAUGUCGGAUGGGAGAUGGAGCAUCCUACCGAGGAACAGUCUCUAUGACUGAAACAGGUAUGACCUGUCAGCGCUGGGACAGUCACACACCACAUGACCACUAUUACUCAACUGCAAAAUUUCCUUUAUCCGGGCUGGAGGAGAACUAUUGCCGGAAGACUGAAGACUGGACCGAAAUUUGGUGCUUCACCACGGAUCCCAGCUCGAAAUGGGAGUUUUGUGACGUACCAGUAUGCGGUGUCGGACACAAGCGGCAAGGGUGCAAGGGUGGCUACAUACGACUCGGGCGGCACUGUAUCCGACUGGUUCCCAUCCCAAAGUCAUUUGUGGACGCACAGCAGGCCUGUAAGGCGGAUGGGGCGACCUUGGUCAUGCCUAAAACAAAAGGACUGGACCUCGCUCUGAGACGCCUGGCCAAAACAUACGGAGACAACUACGAACACUGGAUUGGCAUGAAGAGGGUUGACGACCUCGACUGGACAUGGGUGGACGGGACAAGUCUGGGACACUACCGGGGAUGGCACCCCGGUGAGCCAACGGGAGACAAAAGGGUGGAACUGUGCGUUCAGUAUUGGUCUUCAGGACAUACUAGUGGUCCUAUGUGGGACGACGCAGAUUGCUCUGGGAAAAAGUGGUACAUCUGCCAAAUUCCUCCUGCUUGACUAAGGAAUUGCUAUUCUCUGUUUGAUCAGUACAUAUUAUCAGUAAAUUGCAUCAUACAUGUUGAUGAUCAGUGACUAGCACUUCCACUUGC